CCGAUGCCGAACAAGGCUCCCAAUCCGCUGUACUUUGUCGGGAUCUCGCUCGCAUCCUUUGGCGCGUUUUACUACUUGGUAAAGUACAGAGCGGCCACGUACCCCGCGUCGAGGCAGCCCAGGCAGCACGACAGCCCGCUCAUACCCCCGCGUCACGUCGGCAGGGACGACGAUCCAACCGCCUCUGAACCCCGCGCGAAACCAUCGACAUCGUCAUGA